GCAAUCUCAGCAACUCAACACACCUUGCGAAGAAAACGAAGCAUUUGUGUUCAGCGUCAAGCGUUCUACCUCACAUUACCAUCCAAUCGGCGCCCCAUACCUCACACGUCAAAUCUUCACCUCUCUUCCAUUUACUUUUUCCCAAUGAAACCCGUUACCGUUGGUUUCCGCCUUCCCUCGCUGCGCGAAGCGUGUGCGAAGAACGACGCCACUCGCAGCAGCGACGCAGCCGCCGCGGCGCAGACGUUGGCCAUCCCCUACGCGGUCGGCAAGGCAACGCUGCAGCUCACCGGCAUUCACGUGCGUCUCCAACCCACAAAGACGCGGAGCAGUCCGAAGGCAUUGAAGUCACAGAAGGAGAACUCCUCCUCUGCUGCUGCCGCUAUUUCUUCUCCUGCGGUAGUGGGUGCCAUUGCUGCGGAUAUCGUCGUGCACGCACACGUGCGAGGCGAGUUGAACACCGCUCCCCGCACGUACGUCAUCGCCGUCCUGCCGGUUCGCUACGACGCCUCCCACAACGCUGACGGCACGACGCCCGGCAAAGCGCCAUCGUACAAGGGAAAAGAAUCGAAAGCGUCAGGCGCUGCCACUUCCGCCUCCUCGUCCGCCGCCCCGUACGACAAGCGCGUGCUGAACGCGCAGGCACGCGAGGCGCGUCGCGGUGUUGUGGCGCCCGCCUUCCCGUCCUCCUUUGCGAAGGUGGACCUGCGUACGCAGAUGGAGCGCGUGCGGCUGAGCUUCACGGUGGUGCCGGUCGGGACGCUAUCCACCGGUGGCGCUGCUGCUCAUCGCGGCAAGCGUGGGCGCGCGGGGGACGAGGACGCAGCGGCAGCGGAGGCGGAGAAGCCGCAGCCGUCGCUGGUGGAUUGCUUAGUGGAUGUGACGGUGGUGGGAACGGCGUCUCCCAUCGCGUAG